AUGAACGGUCAACGGAAUUUUGAGAAAUACAUCCGUGGCGUGUGUGUCGUGGAGAAUGGCGACAUUCUCCGCGGCCCCCCACGCAAGGUGAAGGUGUCCCUGCAUCACCUCGACGCCCCAGCGCCUCGCUGGUGCUGCUGCUGCUGGCCACGCACACCGAGCUGCGACAAGGUGGCCAAGUUUAAAUUCAACAAGCAGAAGAGCGAGGCCAGUCUCCAGAAGUACACGUCGCUGGAGACGGCCAUAUACAUGAACGGCAUGGUGUUCCAGGAGUACUGGAAGCCAGGCAAAGCGGCGGUGAAGGUGUCAGUCACGCAGCGGCGAGGAAAGAAGCUAGUCCUCUUCGCCCGCCUGACAACCUUCCUGGACGAGAUGCGGGACAGAGAAACGGAGCAAUUCGUCCUCUACGUUACGGUAUCAGGAUUUCGGAUCAUUACGAAGGACAAGACGGCAUCAGGAGGCGAGGAGAAGCGCGCUCCUCAGAAAAAGACCAGACACGCGUCACGACAGAAAGGAGAGUGCGAUAAAAGCGAACAUUACGAAAAGAAGGAAAAGAUCGACUACAUGACCUCUUUGUUAACCAGCUUUAAGGAGAAAAAAGAAGAGCCCGCCCAAAUCUUAACCUGUCCAGAGGUCGUGAAGUUGCCGCCAGUAAUCCCGAUGCUUGCAGUUCAAACCAACAACUUGACGGCAAGUCGCUGCUCUCCAUUCCACAAAGAGGCUCCUGCUGCACGGGAACAGCACGCCACCGCAUCUCGUCCCGCCCUUCGCGAAUUGCAGCCGUCAAUGAAUCGUAACGAACAGCAAAGCACUGCAUCUUGUUCCGUCCUUCGCGAAGCUCAGCCGUCCAAGAACCGUAAAGAAUUAGACAAGAAAGUACAGAUGGUUCAGGUUCAGGGAAAAGACGAGCGAUCCAUUGAAAGCGAGAAGAAAACUCCUGUCGAAGGAAAGGAGACUGCGGCUUGGGAGGGAAAAGAUGAAAAGGAGGAGACGAACACUGUCGAUGUGGAAAACGCCGCUUCUGAAACAGAAAGCAGAGAUAAGGAGGAGAAAGACAAUACUGAAAAACAAGAUGGGAAGAAGGAAGACGACCAAGGAAUAAUGAGUGAAGUACAGUUAGUUCAGGAAGGAGAGGAUAAAGAAUUUAAAAGUCAUGAAAAGAAUACAGGUGAAGAAGAGGAAGCCCCAGCUUGGGAAGACUAUGGUGAAGAUGAGACAGAAAAAGUGGAGACGGACACUGGUGAUGUGGAAGGCAUCCCUGCAGAGAAGAACACAGACGAAGAAGAGAAAGACGCUGAUAGAGGAGAUAUUACAAAGAAGGAAAAGGAACCAGGAACAAUGAGUGACAUGCAGCUGGUUCAGGAAGGAGACGAUGAAGAUCCUAAAGGAGAGGAAGAGAGUCCACGUGAAGGAAAGGAAACUGAAGCUUGGGAAGACUAUAAUGAGCAGGAGACUGGAAAGAAGGAGAUGGACGCUGAAGAAUUGAGCAGCGUCCCUCCAGAGAAAGAGUGUACUGAUGACUGGGAAGACUAUGAUGAGCAUGACACUGGAAAGCAGGAGACGGUCACUGAAGAGGUGAACAGUGUCCCUCCAGAGAAAGAGUGUACUGAUGAUUGGGAAGACUGUGAUGAGCAUGUCACUGGAAAGCAGGAGACGGUCACUGAAGAGGUGAACUGUGUCCCUCCAGAGAAAGAGUGUACUGAUGAUUGGGAAGACUAUGAUGAGCAUGACACUGGAAAGCAGGAGACGGACACUGAAGAGGUGAACAGCGUCCCUCUAGAGAAAGAGAACACUGAAGACUGGGAAGACUGUGAUGAGUAUGACAUUGGAAAGGAGGAGACGGACGCUGACGAGAUGAACAGCGUCCCUCCAGGGAAAGAAGCAUGGGAAGACUAUAAUGAGCAUGACUUUGGAAAGGAGAUGGACGCUGACGAGGUGAACAGCGUCCCUCCAGAGAAAGAGAAUACUGAAGAUUGGGAAGACUAUGAUGAGCAUGACACUGGAAAAGAGGAGACGGACGCUGACGAGGUGAACAGCGUCCCUCCAGAGAAAGAGAAUACUGAACAUUGGGAAGACUAUGAUGAGCAUGACACUGGAAAAGAGGAGACGGACGCUGACGAGGUGAACAGCGUCCCUCCAGAGAAAGACGAGGCAGAUCAGGAAGUCAAAGAAGAUGCUGAGAGGGAAUGUGUUUCACUGAAGGUCAAGGAACCAGGAAUAAUGAUUGACACGCAGAUGGUUCAGGAAGGAGACUAUGAAGACGCUCACAGUGAGGAAAAGAGUCCAGCUGAAGAAGAGACUGCAACGGAAGGUGACCAUGAGACUAAAAAGGAGACGGACGCUGAAGAGCCAACACCGGUGAGGAAGAUGACGCCGAGAGUGAAGGCAAAGAAGGAACUGGAUUUGAGAAAGAAAACAUUGCCGUGUAGCUACAAACGUAACGUGCUCUCGCUGAAAAGAAACAGAAAAGCGUCAGGAGAGAAGAAAAAGCGCUACAAGAGGAUAAAUGUGAAAUCAGUCCGCAGUAAGAUUGACUCUCACCGCAGCGUCCCUGCUGAUUACAAACCCGAGGUGGAUUUGAGUGUACUGGAAUCGCAGCCGCCACCCCCAGGCCCCGCGCGAGUGAGGUGGGCCCGAGAGGUGGCGGCCCUCAGAACGCGGCUGCGUACCCGGAAACAGACUAGUGCGCGGAGCCUUGUUCACGGCUCGCGCGCCGCUCACCGCUGA